CUGGCCCGGCCCUCGCUCGCAGAUACCCAGCCCUGCAGCCGAGCCCAGGGCGGUAUGCCGAGGCAGGAUGAGCGCGAAAGAUGCCGGUGGUGCAGCUUGCCUGGAGAAGGCGGCCUACACUCUUCAUAUUUACCCCCAGCUCUCGGCCGAAAGUGCCUCCUGCUGCCGCGUGACGGCAACCAAAGACGCCACCACCGCCGACGUCAUCCGGGACGUCAUCGGCUCCCUGAGCCUGGACGUCUCUAAGCACUACGUGCUGGUGGAGGUGAAGGAGUCGGGCGGGGAGGAGUGGGUGCUGGACGGGAACGACUCCCCGGUGCACAGGGUCCUGCUGUGGCCCCGGCGGGCGCAGGACGAGCACCCCCGGCAGGACGGCUACUACUUCCUGCUGCAGGAGAGGAACACGGACGGCAGCAUCAAGUACGUCCACCUGCAGGUGGCCUCCGGGGAGGAUGAGGGGCGGGAGGAGGCGCGGCGGCUAGUCGAGCGAGGCUUCCUCCCCUGGCUGCAGGAGGACGUCAACGACCUGUGCAACCUGCCCAACCUGACGGAGGCCACGCUGCUGGAGAACCUCAAGCGGCGCUUCCUGAAGCAGAAGAUCUACACGUAUGCCGGCAGCAUCCUCAUUGCCAUCAACCCCUUCAAGUUCCUGCCCAUCUACAACCCCAAGUACGUCCAGAUGUACGAGAGCCACCAGCUGGGCAAGCUGGAGCCCCACAUCUUCGCCAUCGCCGACGUGGCCUACCACACCAUGCUGAAGAAGCACGUCAACCAGUGCAUCGUCAUCUCCGGGGAGAGCGGCUCCGGCAAGACGCAGAGCACCAACUUCCUGAUCCACUGCCUCACUGCCCUCAGCCAGAAGGGCUAUGCCAGCGGGGUGGAGAGGACCAUUCUGGGGGCUGGACCGGUGCUGGAGGCCUUUGGAAAUGCAAAGACAGCCCACAACAACAAUUCCAGCCGGUUUGGGAAAUUCAUCCAGGUCAACUAUUUGGAGAACGGCAUUGUCCGGGGGGCUGUGGUUGAAAAGUACCUGCUCGAAAAAUCUCGCUUGGUGUCCCAGGAAAAGAACGAAAGGAACUACCAUGUGUUCUACUAUUUGCUGCUUGGCGUCAGCGAGGAGGAGCGUCAGGAAUUCCACCUCAAGCAGCCUGAAGACUAUUUCUACCUCAACCAGCAUAACUUGAAAAUUGAAGAUGGGGAAGACCUCAAGCACGACUUUGAACGGUUAAAGCAAGCCAUGGAGAUGGUCGGAUUCCUUCCGGCGACCAAAAAACAGAUUUUUUCAGUCCUGUCUGCUAUUCUGUACCUGGGGAACGUUACCUACAAGAAGCGGGCGGCAGGUCGGGACGAGGGCCUGGAGGUCGGACCCCCCAAAGUGCUGGACAUUCUCUCCCAGCUCCUGAAGGUGAAACGUGAAAUCUUGGUGGAAGUAUUAACAAAAAGAAAAACGGUGACAGUGAACGACAAGCUGAUUCUGCCCUACAGCCUCAGCGAGGCCAUCACGGCUCGUGACUCCAUGGCCAAGUCUCUCUACAGCGCCCUUUUCGACUGGAUUGUUCUGCGAAUUAACCACGCACUCCUCAACAAGAAGGACAUGGAGGAAUCUGUGGUGUGCUUUUCCAUCGGGGUGCUCGACAUCUUUGGCUUUGAGGACUUCAACACCAACAGCUUCGAGCAGUUCUGCAUAAACUACGCCAACGAGCAGCUGCAGUAUUAUUUCAAUCAGCACAUCUUCAAGCUCGAACAGGAAGAGUAUCAGAGCGAAGGGAUCGCAUGGCACAACAUUGACUAUACCGACAACGUGGCCUGCAUCCACCUCAUCAGCAAGAAGCCCACCGGCCUCUUCUACCUGCUGGAUGAAGAAAGCAACUUCCCGCACGCCACCAGCCAGACCCUUCUUGCCAAGUUCAAGCAGCAGCACGAGGACAACAAGUUCUUCAUUGGGACGCCCGUCCUGGAGCCGGCCUUCAUCAUCCAGCACUUUGCAGGCAAAGUGAAAUACCAGAUAAAGGAUUUCCGGGAGAAGAACAUGGAUUACAUGCGGCCUGAUAUCGUCGCCUUGCUGCGGAGCAGCGACAGCGCUUACGUCCGGGAGCUCAUUGGGAUGGACCCCGUGGCCGUCUUCCGUUGGGCCACGCUCCGAGCCGCCAUCCGAGCCAUGGCCGUUUUCGCGGAGGGCGGCCGCCAGAGAGCCCAGAAAAUGGCAGGCGUGGUGCGCCACGGACCCAGAGUACCCCUGGGUGAACUGCAGCAAGCCAACACCCCAAUCGAAAGAGUUUAUCGCUGCUCAGUGCUUGAUUUCUCCUUUGAUUGCUCUGAGGAAUUUGAUAUAAACGCUUUUGAGGACAUCUUUGCUUCGUACGGAAGCAAGAAGGACUUGCAUGAGCAAAUAGUCAGGACUAUCAAGGGCCUGCCCUGGCAGGGCGAAGAUCCCCGCAGGCUCCUUCAAUCGCUCAGCCGGCUCCAGAGGCCCACUUGCCACUUCCUGAAGAGCAGAGGCCCGAAGCAAAAACAGGCCAUCCCAAAGAACCUGCUGGACUCCAAGUCCCUGAAGCUCAUUGUGAGCAUGACGUUGCACGACCGGACCACCAAGUCCCUCCUGCACCUGCAUAAGAAGAAGAAGCCGCCCAGCAUCAGCGCUCAGUUCCAGACAUCUCUCAACAAGCUCCUGGAGACCCUGAGCAAAGCCGAGCCCUUCUUCAUUCGCUGCAUCCGCUCCAACUCCGAAAAGAGGGAGCUCCUUUUCGACGAGCGCCUCGUGCUCCAGCAGCUCAGGUACACAGGGAUGCUGGAAACCGUGAGAAUCCGCCAGUCGGGCUACAGUGCCAAGUUCAGCUUUCAGGAUUUCGUCGACCAGUUCCAAGUCCUGCUACCCAAGAGUGCCAAAGCCUCUAAGGAGGAGAUCUCGGCCUUGUUGACCAAGCUGCAGCUGGGCGCCGGCAGCUAUCAAAUCGGAAAGACCAAGGUGUUCAUGAAGGAGGCCGUGCGGCAGGUGCUGCAGGACACCCUCCACAAGGAAGUCAUCCGCAAGAUCAUAGUCCUCCAGAGCUGGCUGCGGAUGGUGCUGGAGAGGAAGCGCUUCUUGCGGGCUCACCAGGCAGCCGUUACCUUGCAGGCUUGCUGGCGUUCCUACCGUGUCCGGAGGGCACUGGAGAGGGAGAACGCAGCCCUCUACAUUCAGUCGGUGUGGCGCGGGUACCGGGAGCGGAAGUCUUAUGGACGGGAGAAGGCGAGGAUUUGCCUUGUUCAGGCUCUGGUCCGAGGACACCUGCAGCGCAAGAGAUUUCAUCAAAUGGUCGCCGACAAAAAGCGAGAGGAAGAAGCAGUUUUGCAGGCUCUUGCGGAGCAGCAGCGGCAGCAGGAGCAGGUGAACGGGCUACACCAGCCAGAGGAGCAUGUUUCAAGCCAGGCUCCAGCAGAGCCCACGGAGGCGUCCCUGGAUGAGACAGGUGAGGCAGAGGACGAGGAAGGAGCCGGGAGCAGCGGCGACGGCAGGGACCAGUCCCCUCCACGCUCCCAAAAGGGUGCAGCCACCAGCAGUCGGGAAAAGCGGGCGUUCCGCCGGCAGAGGGGCCUGGAGCACAACAAGCUGCAGAGCAAACAUGUUGGCUUCUCCUUGGAUGACCCCCGCAGCAGUGGGGGAAGCAGCCCAUUGAGGAGAGAAGGGGGCUACAUGCCUGAGCGGCCCAGAACAGAAGGGGAGCAGGAGGCGGGCGUCUCCCCUCAACCGCACCCCCCCGGCAGCAUGCCAGGAGAGAGGGCUGAAGGCAGCAAGGAGGACCGGCUUCCUUUGGACGGUGGCAUUCCGGCCCCUACACCAAAGCAAGAGGACAGGACUGUGGUGAAAGAGGACUCAAAUGGGUUGGGGAGGCAGGACAGCCCCAAAAUCCGCGUCAGCCAGAGCUUCACGUACCCCGAGAGGCCCACGGAUCUGGCCCUCGGCCUCCCUGGUGGCCUGGCCAGCAGCUGGAGCUUCCGGAGCCCGGCGGACAAAGGCCGACGGGCAUCUCAGAAGGAGCUGGACAGCCCCCCUUCCUUCCACAUCCAGCGGUACCAGGAUGACCCUGGGAAGCUGCGGGACAAGCGGGAGAGGUGGAAGGGGAAGAGGCGGCUGGCCGGAGGCAGGCAGAGCGACGGGCUGAGCCAGUCCUUGGACGAGAGGGGGCAGCCGGCCCGGUCUCCCUCCCCGCAGCUCAGGAAAAAGGAGACAGCGUCUUCCUUGGAUGACAUUCCCAGGCUCGCUGUCCCCAUCCAGCAACCUCAGAAUGUGCCGGAAGGUGACUGGAACGACAAGAAGCCUCUCACACCACCGAGGCAGGCCCAGGAGCUGCUUCCUCCUUCUGUCCUGGACGCAGCCAGCCCCACAGCCACCUCCGGCCAGCAGGUGGACGGCAGGUAUGUGCUCAUGCUCUACUUGUCCAGGCAGAAAACCGGCAGGGCUCUUUCAGCGUAG